GGCCUCAUCAGGAUCAGAGCUCGCCCGCGGAAGGCUCUCUUUCCGUUUGAUCCCCCUCCUCACCUCCCCAUCAGCAUCAUGCGCGCGUUAUAAAUUGCUCCUCCGCCCGGCGGCACAAAGAUGCCCUGGCUUGCUGGUGGCUUCCUCCCGGCGCAUCACCAACUUUUAAAGCUGGCCCCUCCGAUCCCUGCUUUGUUUGCAGCGCAGCUCGCGGGGCUUCAUUCGCUUGUAGGUCACUGGCUCGGCUCCCUGCUGCUUGGUCUCGAUCCAGGCACAGGCAGGAAGUAGCAGCAGCUCGUCUUGACUCCACACACCCACCUACCCUGCUGCGACCGCGGGCCGGGCGUAUCGGAGCUAGCUCCGCGUUCUCUACCCUCUGCGCACCUAGCCCGCACCUGCACCUCUUUGUUGGCGGCCAUGGGGAGUUCAUGCGUGAACCUCUCCCGCGCCGUCCUCUUCGCCGGAGGCCGCCGCCGCGGCCACCAGUACGGCAGGGCCGGCCUGCUGCUCCCACCGCCGUCGUUGCUGUCGAGGCGGCACGGCAAUGCCACCCUGGCGUGCUGCUCGUCGUCGUCCAGUACAGGCUCGAGGCCAUCGUCGUCGUCUUUCCCAGCAACGCACGGUCUCGGGGGAAAGUCGCCGGAGGAUCACACCGCCGGGAUUGGGGUCGCGGAGUUCCUCGGCGCCAAGAACUUCCUCAUCACCGGCGCAACCGGUUUCCUUGCUAAAGUUCUUAUCGAGAAGAUUUUGAGGACGAAUCCUGACGUUGGCAAGAUAUACGUGUUGAUCAAGGCCAAGGACAGCGAAGCAGCGUUGAGGAGAUUGCAAAACGAGGUAGUGGACACGGAGUUGUUCAGAUGCCUGCAGGAAAUCCACGGGAACGACUACAGCAGCUUCAUCGCAAGGAAGCUGGUUCCCGUCGUCGGCGACGUCAGGGAGGCCAACAUCGGCAUCGCUCCCGAGCUCGCCGACGAGAUCGCCGGCCAAGUCGACAUCAUCAUCAACUCGGCGGCGAACACCACGUUCGACGAGCGGUACGAUGUCGCCAUGGACAUCAACACCGUGGGCCCGUUCCGGAUCAUGAGCUUCGCGCAGCGGUUCCGGCGGCUCAAGCUCUUCUUGCAAGUGUCGACAGCGUAUGUGAAUGGGCAGAGGCAAGGCCUGGUGCUGGAGAAGCCGUUUCGCAUGGGAGACACCAUAGCCAAGGAUCAGUUGGGACGAUCUUCAGAAGAAGAUAAGGGCAGCACCGUGCUAGACAUCGAGGCAGAGAUCAAGCUGGCCUUCGGCUACUCCAGUGACUCUGCUUCUUUUGCUCAAGAAAUGAAAGAUCUAGGCCUGGAGAGGGCAAAGCUCCAUGGCUGGCAGGACACCUAUGUGUUCACCAAGGCCAUGGGGGAGAUGGUCAUCAAUAGCAUGCGAGGGGAGGUGCCGGUGGUCACCAUCAGGCCCAGCGUCAUCGAGAGCACCUGGAGGGACCCCUUCCCCGGCUGGAUGGAAGGGAACAGGAUGAUGGAUCCUGUCGUCCUCUACUACGGCAAAGGCCAGCUGAGUGGGUUCCUCGCCGAUCCAGAAGGCGUUCUCGAUGUGGUACCGGCGGACAUGGUGGUGAACGCGACGCUGGCGUCGAUGGCGAAGCACGGCGGCGGCGCGGCGCCGGCGGGGCCCGGGAUGCACGUGUACCACGUGUCGUCGUCGACGGUGAACCCGCUGGUGUUCGGCGAGCUGAGCCGGUUCCUGUUCCAGCACUUCACGCGGUGCCCCUACAGCGACGCGGCGGGGCGGCCCAUCCCGGUGCCGCCGAUGCGGCUCUUCGACAGCAUGGAACAGUUCGCCAGCUACGUGGAGACGGACGCGCUGCUGCGGAGCGCCCGGUCCUCGUCGUCGUCGCCGCCGGAGCAGCGGCUCUCGCAGCGGGCGCGCGAUCUCUGCGCCAAGUCCGUCGAGCAGACCAUCCACCUGGGCAGCAUCUACCAGCCCUACACCUUCUACGGCGGCCGCUUCGACAACGGCAACACGGAGGCGCUCUUCGCGGCCAUGUCGGCGGCGGAGCAGGCGCGCUUCCACUUCGACGUGCGCAGCGUGGACUGGACGGACUACAUCACCAACGUCCACAUCCCGGGCCUCCGGAAGCACGUCAUGAAGGGCAGGGGCGUCGCCACCAACCAGCUGCUCGCCAGCACCUCCGUGUGACCUCGCCGGCCGGCCGGCAAAGGGAUGCGCGACGGCGUGUACAGAGUACAGACUCGAUCUUGUUACGCCACCACACGGCCGAUGACUGACGACCAGCCUUGCCGUUCGGUUUCUUCAUCUCCUGACAGGUUAACUGGUUCACGGAAUCACAGUAGCGGUAAAUCUAAGGUUGUCGUGGGCAUGCCAUGCUUGCAUUCAAGAUAGGAUAGAUAUACGACUGUUCAUCUCUUCCAUGCAUGUUGACUUGUUGAUUCUUGUAUUAUCGUGUAGUUCCAAAAAACAAAGGCUGUGGUAAUCAACAGUAUACAAGUCCUAAUAGGGAAAGGAGUCAUGCUCAUGUACUAUAAGCACAUCUUUACCAAUAUUUAGAUUACUGAUGAAAGGAGUUUGAUUGUGCCUUGCCA